AUCAAGUCUCACUUGAAGCAGAAAAAGACAGCAGAGGAAACCGAAGCAGACACAGACAGCUACUCUGACAUCAAAGAGGCUGCUGAGGAAUGGCGCUCCUUGGCGAAACACAUGCAGGACCUUUUCGACACUGUAUCAUCUGAUGACUCGACUCCGUGGAUUGACCGCUAUCGCGAGGCCGUGGGCAGUGGUGACAGGCUGGAGGAGGCGAUGCGAGAGCUACUCGAUGGCAUUCGCGAUAUUGCCAAAGUACCUCUCGUCAGCGAGGACCAGAUCAAAGAGCUGAAGGAGGCUCUGAAGAUAGUGAAGCGUCUACCCGCCUCGCUUGAGAACAGAAAUGGGGGUUACACGUUCACCAACAGUGGCAGUGGAAUCCAGCCUAUUCAUCUCGGGAAGGGGGAACAGAAUAUCAAUGGUGGAAGUGGUUUCCAGGUGACUGGAAAGGGUGCUCACAGCACAGUGAACUAUAACAGUGGGCAGAAGCCUCCUCCGGCCUAGAUGAUUGUGGGUGGAAAUACUCGGGAUGGCAAGCCUUGUGCAACUUGUUGCUAUCUGUGUUCCAAUUUAGAGGGAUCUUAUCUUGGCACAGCUUGAUCAGAUUGUUAGAUUCUAGGUACUAAAUCCCUCAACGCUCUG